AUGAUACAAUUUGUUGGUGACCUCAGAAAAGCUACUGAAUGUUUACGAUCAAUGGAUGAACUCCUUGAAGGCUCUCCGCCUAAAGUCUCCGGACAAAAUUAUGAUGCAGGGAAUGUAGAUGAGUCAAUGUGUCUUGAGUACAGAAGUUGGGGUUUCGAUCAUCGUGCUUCGGGUCUGAAUCUUGUUCGUGGUGGAAAUAUUGUUACCAAUACAAACUUUGCACAAAAUAAUAUACUUGCGACUGGGAUUUCUGAUUGUGGUCCUUCUGGAGCUGAGGUUACAGGACGUGGAGGUACCUAG